ACCUUUCUUUCUUUCACUCGCAAGCAUUUUUCAUUUUUUCUUUUCUAACUGUCCCUCCUCACUUUUGGUCUUCUAUCCGUUUUUUGCUAAACCUUUGCAACAUAAACAAGUUCCCCUUUCUUUGCUUCUGUGGUGGGGUUUUUUCUUUUUUCUUGAUCCCUUCCUUUCUUAUUCCUACCUUCACUUUUUCUCUCACCAAUCUCCCUCUCUCCUCGCACCUUCUUUUCCUCUUGUGUUUUGUACCUUUUCAUUUUUCUAAAAAAGCAAAUUUUAAUUUAAUAUUCUAAGGUUGUUUUUUUAUUCUAGAAUUUUUGGCUCAAGCAACCACAUGCAUGUUCUUUUCAUGCUUGUCUGAUCUGGAUUGGAUCACUAGGAUCUUUGCCAUCUCCUCUUUUUGUUUGGUACUUGAGGGGUAGUGAGUGGCGUGGUGGGGUUUGUUUGAGUCACACAUGAUAUGAAUCCCUGGACUCUUGGGCAAUCAUAUUCAUAAGACAAAGCAAAUCACAGAAGAAAGGAACAAGAUCUUUUUUAAUUUCUGAUUGAUAGGGACUUGUCUGUUGUGUUCUAGAGGGAAAUUGUGAACAAGGGUCUGUUUCAUUUGUUCCAUCCAACGUUGUGGUUUGAGUGCUGGUUGGUUGGUUGGAUUGGGUAAGGGUGGGUGGGGUACCCAAUUGGAGAAAGUUUUGAUUUUUGAAGGUAGCAUGUGUUUAUGUUUGUGAUUGAUAGUGUGGGUUGGUGAGUAUUGUGCCUUGGGCUGUUGAGGUAUGGCGGGAAUUGAUGUUACAAAGUAUGGUCAUAGUCCUGUGCACAAGGCCAUAGUUUUGAAGGAUUAUGCUGAACUUAGGAGGAUAAUUGGAGGCCUUCCACGGCUGCGCAACACGGCCGAGAUUCGCACUGAAGCAGUUUCUAUUUUAGAGGAAGAGAAGGCUGAUGCCAUCUCUGCUGUGAUUGACCGGCGCGAUGUACCGAACCGUGAUACACCUCUUCACUUGGCUGUGAAAUUUGGGGAUGAAGUGGCAACCGAGAUGCUUAUGGUUGCCGGGGCAGAUUGGAGUUUGCAGAAUGAGCAAGGGUGGAGUGCUCUCCAGGAAGCUAUUUGCAAUAGAGAAGAGGCUAUUGCCAAGAUAAUAAUUAAGCAUUACCAGCCUCUGGCUUGGGCAAAAUGGUGCAGACGGUUGCCUCGCUUGGUCUCCACCAUGCGGAGGAUGAGAGACUUCUACAUGGAGAUUACAUUCCACUUUGAGAGUUCUGUGAUUCCUUUCAUCUCGAGGAUCGCACCUUCAGACACUUAUAAAAUUUGGAAGAGGGGUGCCAAUCUAAGGGCAGACAUGACUUUGGCUGGUUUUGAUGGUUUUAGAAUUCAGAGGUCAGAUCAGAGCAUUCUUUUCCUUGGUGAUGGUUCGGAGGAUGGGAAAGUCCCACCUGGAUCACUCUGCAUGAUCUCACACAAGGAAAAGGAGGUACUCAAUGCUCUAGAUGAUGCUGGCUUUCCCGCAGAUGAGGAGGAUGUUCAGCAAGAAGUGGCUGCAAUGUCUAAGACUAAUAUAUUUAGGCCUGGGAUUGAUGUUACACAGGCAGUUCUUUUGCCUCAGUUGACUUGGAGGCGGCAGGAGAGAACAGAAAUGGUAGGGCCUUGGAAAGCUAAGGUGUAUGAUAUGCACAAUGUAGUUGUAAGCAUAAAAUCUAGAGGAGUUCCCGGAGCUAUGACAGAUGAUGAGCUCUUCUCAUCUUGCAAUGAAAAUGAAGCAGAGAGUGAAGAGCUCAAUGAUAUUUUGACUGAGGAUGAAAGAAGGCAAUUGGAAGCUGUGCUUAGGUCAGAUUCAUCGGAUGUGAACAAUGAGAGUGAUGAGGUAAUCAUUGGGCAUCGUCACAGCUGUUAUGAACAUAGAGAUAUUCCUAUUGAAGACGGAAAUUGUAGCAGACGUGGAGAAAAUAAGCAGGAAAAGAAAGGAUGGUUUGGUGGAUGGAGGAAAAAGGAUUCUAAACAAGAAACACCAAAGAAGAUUGCUCCACCAAGAAGUUCUCUAUGUGUAGAAGAAAAGGUGAGUGAUUUAUUGGGGGAUUCUCCUCCAAGAAAUCAGAGUAAGUCAGGUAGACAUUCUGUUGAGUUAACUAUGAGGGGUGAUGAGUCACGGAGGAAAAAAGAUGCCAAAGCUUCUUCCACAAAUUCUGAUGGCAAAAGUCGUCACAAGGAUGGAAAUCGUGAAAAUGAAUAUAAGAAAGGGUUGAGACCUAUUCUUUGGCUUUCCCCGAAUUUUCCACUAAAAACUGAAGAACUCUUGCCAUUGCUUGACAUUGUUGCAAAUAAGGUUAAAGCAAUUCGACGGUUAAGAGAACUCCUUACAACGAAACUUCCAAUGGGAACUUUUCCUGUUAAGGUGGCCAUCCCUGUGGUUCCUACCAUCAGAGUAUUGGUUACUUUCACAAAGUUUGAAGAACUACAGCCAGUAGACGAAUUUACCACGCCACCAUCGAGUCCACCCACAAAUGGCCAACAGAGUCCAGCAGCGUCACACUUCUCGGCAUCAUCUUGGUUUACAUGGAUAAAAGCUCCUUAUCGCUCUAGUUCAUCCGCUCCAGGAUCCAGCAGCAGGAUAGAAAAUAUUCAAGACCCAUUUGCAAUUCCAUCUGACUAUACUUGGGUUACUGCUGAAGCAAAGAAAAAGAAGAUGCAAGAGAAAAACAAGGCUAAGAAAGGGAAAAGUCAUAACUAAUGAUGCCACUUCAUAAGUAAGCACCACACUUGGAAGUACUUGAUUGUUUAGAAAAUUUGGGCCAUUUGUGUGGAAAUUGAAUUUGAAGCUAUCUUUCAUGUAGGAGUGUUCCUCCAAGGAAUUGUCAUUGUCCAUUUGGGGCAUUUGGCAUAAGGAAAAGAAACAUUGUGAUUCUUGCAAUAAUUGCUCGAGUUUUCAGGUUUACACCAAAGAAUUUGUUGAUUGUGUUUCAAUAUAUAUGGAAAAACCAUUAACUUAGGAUAGUUGCAAUCACAGUGACCAACUUUCAUAUUCAUGGUUGCAGUUUAUAUUCACCUGUGUUUGGUUAUAAUUCUUUCCCAUGAUUUUAUUCAUGUAAAUAAAUUGAAGAAUUUGUUUACUAGCUUUGGGCUUUAUCAUAAGAGUUUUAUUAUAUAUCAGCA